GUCAUGUCGUUCCGCCAUCGAUAAUAACCGAGAAAUGUGGUGGAAAUUCCAAAGAUAAUACAACAGACUUCUCUGUCGAGGUCGGCUGUUCUGUUCAGUUCUUUCUGUCGUUUUCGGCUGGUAAUGCGACCUAGGUUUCUCCGCGUCAGUGCUAUCUAGCACAAAUUCAACGAGUUCCGAGUACAACCCCCGCGAAUCAUUUCUUUUCUUGAUCUGUCACAUCCCCUACCGGAGCUAGUAGUACUAUUCCUUACUUUCUAAUGGCUGAAUUCCUGCGGAUGUACGGUCACGGGCUCAACGUCUCGACCAAUCCCUACACCUGUCGGCCACCUGCCAUUACUCCAGAUAUCGCAUCCCACAAUUCUUACGGCAAUGAACCCUUUGCAUCCACCGUUGCCUAUAAAUCCCACGUCCGAUAUCGUGCUACAUCAGCCGCUUCAGGUUCUAACCCAUCUGCCCAGUUAAUGAUGUCCCCCUCCAGUCAGAUUCUACAGUCCUUUGAUCCCUUCGCUACCCAUCCAUUCACCAGAUACUCUACCCCUCCGACCCCCAAUGCUGCACCGACUUUUAUCCAGACCUCGCCUAAACCUUCUUCACCUCUUGCACAGAAGUCCACUGUGUCACCUUCCUCUGCCAAGACCCCUGCAUCCACAUCCACAUCCACAUCCACAUCACGCAUCUUCACAUCAUAUAGCGGCAGGCAGUCGCCAGACCCCGAACUCGACCAAAUUCUGAAGAAGAAAACACCAACCAAAAACAAGUCCUAAGUCAUCGCCUUUUUUGAACCCUUCCAAUGUACGCGUUCCAUGGUCACUCCGACGAGUCUUACACGUACUAUUAGAAUCCACGACAUCGGUAGCAAUGUUGAUAAGGAGGGGUCUUGUAAUAUGUAGUAGUAUGGGACGGAGUCCUU